GGAGCAACAUCCAAGGGGUUGGGGAGCAACAUGUUGCCCCUGAGCCACUGGUUGGGGAUCACUGACCUAGACCCUGAAAAGAGAUGGGAAGAGUUCCAUUAAGGGUGACGACACACAGAGCUACUAGUAGCAGCUACUUGUCACGGCUAAUAGACAAUGCUGAUCAUUUACCGAUAACUCUCAUUUUCUGGGGUUUAGUGGCUGCUACUAAGUAGCUCAGUGUGUCUUCACCCUAAAGUAUCCAUUGACUUUGGCACUGCUCCUUAAUUACAGACUCAGCGCUGGAUUUAAUUGCUGCAAAUAUUAUGUAUUACAAUUAAAAGCGCACUGUGUAUGUUUUUACAAUAUUAAGCUAUUGUGUGUGCUGAUGUUAUUUAGUGCUAGAAGGAUUAGGUCCUGACCUAUUAUAGUGAGCUAAUAGGAUGUUUUUUCUCUGUAGUUGUUUGUGUUUUGGACAAGACUGGUGGCUUCCUGUAGGAAGUAAGUAGCUGGGGAGAGUUCCUUCCAUUGUCUUUUGGAUUUUCCGAUCCUGUCAGUGUUUGUACAGAACUUGACAUGGCCACAUCUUCUCUCCUGUGCUCGGAAUACUUACGAUGCCCAGUCUGCUUGGAUCUGUUUCGGGAGCCUGUCACCAUCCCCUGUGGCCACAGCUUUUGUCUGGGGUGCAUCAGGCAGUGCUGGUCACUACAAGGGUCCUCUAUAUCCUGUCCCCAGUGCAGAUGUCCCUUCCGCACAGAUUCCCCACCAAGGCUCUGCAAAAACAGUAUCCUCUCCCAGAUGGUGGAUGACUUCUCCAACCCCCAGGAGUCUAGUAAGAUAACCCCUGCAUCGUUCAAACCAUAUGGGAACGUCAAGGAGGACUUGGAGACAAGCCACCCUCAUAUCACUCAGGAGGAGGACCCCAAUAGAGCAAAUAGUGACAGCAUUGCAACACCCCCACUGUGCCGAAGAAACCCUGAAUAUGCCAACCGAUGGACUGCAAUGGUCAGGCAACGCAGGGAAGUGAGCAAGGGGUUCAGCGACAUGGUGCGUAUCCUGCAAGCUUCCGGAUUCCGACUCCUUCAGCUCGUGGAACAGGCAGAGAAUGAGAUGCUGGAGCAGGAAGACAGCCAAACAUUGAAGCAGGACGAAUUCAAAGAAAACACUGACACUAUGGAGGAAGGGCUCACCAUGACUGUGUUACCUCCUGCCCAGGUAAUACCUGGUGGCUCAAAAGACCAGGAUGAGCAAGAGUGCAGUACCAAAGAGAUCCCAUGGGUAUGGCUCUCUGAAGCCAUGGCUAAAUUCAAAGAGAGCUUGCUGGAACUGUGUGCUGAUCAGAUGGGACGCAUGGUGCAGCAGGUUCAGAGCACACAGACUGCCAGUUCUAUAAAGACACCAGAAGACUGGGGGAGCCCUUUGAUGCCGCUUAUUCCUCGGGUGCGGGCUGAAUUCAUUAAGUACUCCAGAGAUAUAACCCUCGACCCAAACACUGCCCAUCACAACCUGUCACUAAUGCAGGGUAACAGAAGGGUUUUAUGCAAACUGCAGCCUCAGGGCUACCCAGACAACCCUGGACGGUUCAAUCAUUACACGCAAGUGCUGGGCCAUGAACCACUGGGUCAAGGGCAGCAUUACUGGGAGGUCCAGUUGUCGGGCAACCGUGUCAGUCUGGGUGUGUCAUACGGUAGCAUCUAUCGCAAGGGGCACCAGAGUCACUGUCUGGCUGGGAGGAAUUCCCACUCCUGGUGUUUGGAGUGGACCAACACACGCUGUUACGCCUGGCACGAUGGACAGAGGAUACUGGUAGCCACAGGGCAACAGGAAUGUUUAGGUGUAUUUCUGGAUUGGGAUCGUGGGAGCCUUUCCUUUCAUGAGGUAUCCGAGGAUAUGCCUGUCCUUCAUCGAUUCCAUACAUCUUUCAUCGAGCCGGUCUAUCCGAUCUUCUUUGUUAGCUGGAAUUCCAUUGUGUCCGUAGGAGAAGCAGCCCAGUCUCGUCAAUGUGCCCAAAUCAAGCGCUUCCACAGGCAGCUAUCUGCCAACUUCUGAACCGCUCACUGGGAAUAACUUAUUAUAUGGCUGCGCAGAGGAUAUCCUGUCCCACAGAAGCAUCAUUGGGAACUUGACCCCCCUGAGGUCACCGUUUGCCUUCCAAAGACUGGCGGGCUCUCUGCCUACGCAGCUUGACAAAUGCAACUGCUUCUCGGUCUGAGCGGCGGCUUUCCAAAAUCUGCAAGAUCCGAUCUCCUGAGAGGGGAAGAUCAGUGAGUGAGAUAUUUCAGGACUGUUUUAUUGUACCUUAACACAAGAUUUUCCAUGGUAAAUCAAAUGCCGGAUUAGCUAUGCUCAGUGACUAAUUGCCUGCACUGUUGUAUAGAAUUGUAGAUGAAUGCAAUGGAAAGCUGAAUUUGGGCUUUUUUCCCAGCUGCUGCAAUGUUAUUAUUGGAGGAACUGUCCUCCAAUUAUAUCUGAUCUAAAGAUGGCUGGGAAUUAUAAAAAAAAAAAAUCUGCAUUAUUAAUUAAAUGUUAAUAUGUACAAGGGCCAAAGAAUUUGGUAAAUCCUAUUCCCCACCUCAAAGUAGCCAUAUGAGUGGAUCUUUAAGUGUAUGGCCAGCUUUGAACAUACCAGGGGUGCCUUUUUGCCUCCCCUGGUAAGGUGAUGCAAACUGUCACCUAAGGCAACAUUCUACCCUUGCCCCAUGGUUGGAGCUGCCCUCUAUGUGUGGUAACCAGACAUCCAUCGAGUCAGGCAUUGAACUCUAGUGUCUAUACUGUUUUGUUUUGAACAAGAAAAUUGUCCCCCCUUGUGUAUUGGGAAUGACAUAAGUGUGAUUUUGUGUUUUUAAUAUGUAUCAGUGUCCCUUUAAUAGUUAAUUAUCAGUAAACUUUAUUUAUCCUUUAUUUUCAAUGCAUGAACUAAGGUUAUUUUGGGCAGGAAACUUCAUUUAUCUGGGUGGUUGUAUUUAUUAAUAUGAACAGAAUUUAGUAGUUGAGGCCCAGGUAUGGUUUGUCACUAUAGAAUCUGACACUUGUUGGUCCGCUACGGUGAAAGGGCCACAGGUUUCUUGUGAAGUAAUCUGAACACAAUACACCCUAAUAGCCUUGGUUUUGUCUGGCAGGAAUAGGGAAACAGGGGGCAUUAAGCAACCUCACCAGUACAGCACAUUGUGUCAUUAAUCUGUUACAAUUGGCACAUAUACCCAUAACUAAUGGCCUCUUAUUAUGUCUUUGUAUUUAUUUGAGCUUUUAUUUAAAUAAAGGCAGAACCACAAUAAAUAUAGCAGAUGCGCUGAUUGUGCCACA